AUGGAAAGCGUAGCAUAUAUGAGUAAUGAUCACUUCAUUUGGACGAAUGAAAAUGCAGAUGUUGAAUUAAUUGAGCCUAGAAUCACGGCGUCAAUCGAUAAAAAUUGGUUGAUUUUCGGAAAACAGAUUGAUCGUCCACCUCAGUCUCACACUAUCAUGUUGAUUAAUCACGGUGAACACGCGAUAGCAUUCAAGAUUCACACCAGUGACAAUUAUGCAUACUUUGUUUCACAGGUAUGUGGUGUUGUGUUCGGUCGUCGUUUAUUCUCGUUGCCGCAUGUUCGAACGCGCAAUUCGGUAUCGAUUACGAUCAGUCGUCGUCCAACGAAAUGCUUCAAAGUGGAUGAUGAAUACCCGAAUAUUCAACGCACUGAACUACCGAGGAAGGAUCGCCUAUUCAUUUAUGUGGCACCAGUAUUCAGUUGGACCACUGAACCUGCAUCACUUUUCAAUCAUACAAUGCCUUAUGAAAAACUUAGAGUUUGCUUGGAAUACACUGCGCAACCGCUUGACGAUACUCGUCCUCGCUCAUCAUUGAAUAAACGAUGGAUUGGUUGGAAUACAUGGAAUCGACAUCUCAGAGAACUGAGACGAUCCGUUAAGAAUAGCCCGAAACAAGUCAGUGAUAAGCAGUAG